GGGCUAUUUUGAACGUGCAUACUGACCAAGUGGAAAGAAUGGCCCAGGUUCUGCAUAUGGAGACUGCUUUCCCAGGAAAGGUCAAUCCCACCUCUACUACAAUCUUCCAUGGGAAGGAGCAAGACUUAACUUACUCAGUGGAGACUCCUUAUGGCUACCGCCUUGAUCUGGACUUUCUCAAGUAUGUGGAUGACAUUGAGAAAGGCCACACUAUUAAGCGCAUUCCAAUUCAUCGCCGACCACGCUACAGCUCAUUGCCUCGGGGCUAUGGCUACACUGGUUCAUGGUGGACAUCCACUGAGUCCCUCUGUUCCAAUGCCAGUAUGGACAGUCGCCAUUCCUCCUAUUCUUAUUGUGGCCGUAGCUUCUACCCACAGUACACUAAUGCAAUUCACAGCAGUGUCAAUGCCCGUGUGGAGAAAACUUUGCUGGAUGCUAGAAAGAAGUUAGAAGACCAGGCAGACCUAGAUGGGAAAACCCCCACAGCAAGUAGUCUAGGAAGUCUCCAUAGCAGUGUAUCUGGAUCAACAAGUUCUUUGGUUGGAAGCCAGAGUAUCUCACAUCAAACUUCUUACAAUGGCUCACGGCAAGGUGCUCCUGGACAAUUCACACCAAUUGGUUCUGGGUUGUCCACUCCUGUCUCACCAACUCCAGGACAUCUUCAAUAUGUUCGUGAGCAGAUGUCUGUGGCCUUGAAGAAGUUGCGCCAAUUGGAAGAACAGGUCAAGAUGAUCCCAGUCCUUCAGGUGAAGAUCUCAGUGCUACAGGAAGAGAAACGGCAGCUAAGUGUUCAGCUUAAAAGCCAGAAGUUCUUGGGGCACCCAGGAGGAUUUGGCAAGGGCAAAUCACGAGGGGAGCUCUACAUAGACAUCCCUGAAGAGGGGGCAGGUGGAAAUAUAGAGGACAGCAGUACCAGACCUGACAUAAAGGAUAAAUUGGAUAAGAAGGAAGUGAGGUCAGUGGGUGUGGGAAGGACAGUUGAAGAUGGAGAAGAGAAUGUGGACAUGGGAAGAUGUGAUAUAGGGGUAGCAGUCAAGGAGGAGGAGUUGGGCUUACCUUGCCCAGAAGUGGAGGAGCAAUGCCAAGUUAUUCAGUCCCUAUCCACCAAGAUUGCUGUGUUAGAAACACAACUGAAGAGAGCACUCCAAGAUCUCCAAGCUGCCCAUCAGAAACUGGAGCAGCAGGGCAGGGAGAAGAAAGACAAAGAAACUUCAACAAGAGAUGAGGGCCUGACAGAAUGGGAAGCAAUGGGAGAAAGUGCACAGCAGUGGAAUGCCCCCAUUCGGGUUGAUGCAAUCAAAGUUGUCCAAGUGGAAAGGGAGCCAGAGAUCGCAGCCAGCAGAGCUACUGGGCCUCAGAGGGCACAGCUCCUGGAGAGCAAGGAGCCCUAUGCCAGCCUCAGGCCUUCAGCAGACAAAGAUUCAGUCUCUGAGAAAGUUCAGUUACCACUUUGUGCCACAUACCACAGCAGUGAGAUGAUGGAAACCACUUUCCCAAUUCAUGCUGGAGCAGCAAACACAGCCACCACCUUUCACUCUGUGAAAAAGAUCAGCAUUGUCAACACAGAGGAGGAUGGGGAUGGAAAUAAAGAAACAAGAGAACCUGAAGAAUCCCUGCAGAAAACUGAAUAUUCACUUCUUGACUCCCUCCAAGGAGAACAAGUAGUUCCUUGCCUCUCUGAAGACCCUAAAUUGGAUGUGCAGAAGGAGGAAGAGGAUCAAGUUUCAUCCACUGCAGGGAUCCCGUCAAUUAUGAAGAAGAAGGAAGAACCUACAGAAAUACUAACUAGGAAGAAGAGCCUCCACUUUGUGGGUGUCAAUGGAGGGUAUGAGUCUACCUCCUCUGAGGAUUCCAGCACAGCUGAGAACAUUUCAGACAAUGAAAGCACUGAGAGUGAAUACCAUGAGGCGAGUGAAGGCCUCCCUUCCGGGCAGGGAAUUGUAGCUGAAGCUGUGAAGCUUUCUGGAAUUACCACAGAUACGUUACAUCCUGGCGUCCCCGUCGAGAUGGGGAAAAUAACUGCAGCAGAUGGUCCCAGCAAGGAACCAACAGGCAAAACUGGGUUAGGUCUCAGCAAGGAAUUGCUUUCAGCCUGUGCAGUUCUUCAGAAAUACUUAGAGAGUCCCAAUCCACAAAUGGAUGGAGAGACGAAAAUAGCCUAUACCUCAAUGCUCCACUAUUGGCUCAAGCUAUCCUGCCACAAAGAAGCCGACCUAGAGUUGAUCUCACUGCACUUGAUGGAUUUCCGGGCUGUUUCCCCGCAGUUGCUAGAAUUCAUCAUCAAUAUGGCGGAUGCCAAUGGCAACACAGCUUUGCAUUACACAGUCUCGCAUUCCAACUUCCCCCUUGUUGCAAAGCUGCUUGAAACUGAUUUAUGUCAUGUGGACCAACAGAACAAAGCUGGCUAUACAGCCAUCAUGCUCACAGCGCUGGCUGCCUCCCAGACAGAGAGUGACAUGGAGACUAUUGUGCAGCUACUGAAAAAGGGCAAUGUGAAUGCCAAAGCCAGUCAGGCUGGGCAGACUGCAUUGAUGUUAGCUGUCAGCCAUGGACGUCUCGAGAUGGUCCGUGCCUUGUUAGCAAGUGCCGCAGAUGUCAACUUGCAAGAUGAUGAUGGCUCUACUGCACUGAUGUGUGCCUGUGAACACGGCCAUGCUGAGAUUGUCCGCCUGCUGUUGGCUACCCCUGGGUGUGAUGUUGCCCAAUCAGACAAUGAUGGCAGCACAGCUCUCUCCAUCGCACUAGAAGCAGGCCAGAAUGACAUUGCCGUCAUGUUGUAUGCUUACCUGAACUUUGCCAAAGCCAUGUCACUGGUGAGUUCGCCCUAUAAGUGUAAAAGCAUCUGUCGUAAAAUUACUUGUAAGCCAUUUUCUCUUGAAAUCCAGGAAACUUCAAGAUAGAGCAUUCCCAAUAGAUGGCUAUCCAGUUUUUCUUUAAGAAUCUCUGUCAAAGCCUGUAAGGAAUGGCUUCUUCUGUUCUUCCUAGUUUUCAACCAAAGUCUGUCUCUUGUAAUUGAAGCCCAUUAGAACAUGCUUCCUCAACCAAGAAAAAAAAUGUUUGCCCUCUUUGGUGUGGUAGUGCUAGAAAGGGCAAACU